GUCUGGGUUUUUCUUGAUACUGCUGGCUGCGGGUUGGAGUCAAGCUCACUGAGUCGACUAUCUUUCAUCUAGCCACUCAGGUAUGACUGAUAGGCGACAACGGCUCGUCUCCGCCGCGGCCAGGUUCACCUGAGCGUUGAAUUCCAACUAAAGUGAUUGCUCAAUAGACACUCUUCCCUCUUCCCGAUCUUACUCGGCUGCUUCUGCCACUAGAACGAAAGCUUCACCACCAUCGAGUAUAUACGCAGUUGCGUCGACCUAAUCGCGAAAAUGGAUCUCUCCAACAUCUUGUACGUCGGACCCGUUUCCAGACUCCAUCAUCGUCAUCACCGCAAGCACAGCAGCUAACGAGACUCUUACACCCAGCCGAAUCGUCAACAUCGUCGUUGGUGUGCUCAUGGUCCUGGGUGGUAUUUCCCAGUUCUUCCCUGCGUCCAUGAGCUCCAUCAUUGUCGGCGUCUAUGUGAUUAUCUUUGGUCUUCUCGUUGGUGGAUUGGAAUUCCUGCCGAACGUCCCCGACUACGUCUACCGCUACGCGUCCUUCCUUUUCUCCUUCCUGGGACGUGGUGGCUUCUACAUCUUCGUCGGGUCGAUCAUGUUGCACGACAACAUCCUGCGCUAUAUUGCGGGCUCCAUCGUCGGCUUCAUCGGUCUGGGAUAUAUUGCCCUGGAGUUCAUUCCCUCCAUCGAGCCUCCGUCCAACAUGCGCGAGACCGACCAGGGUUGGGGCGCUGAGCAGGUCUAAGCAUGGUGCGCGCAUUGCGGGAACAGUCGGGCGGUGUGGCCUCGUGUGAUCUCUGCACACGUGCUCGGACAAAGGUUGGUGCUACUCAAAUCCGCAGCCGCUGCCCUUGUCACCACG